CACUGCCUCACUCUCGUCUCUCACGCAGCGUCGCCGCCUCGCCGGUCACGCUCCAGCCGGCAGCCGCCUCCAUCACCAUCGCCGGUCACGCUCCAGGCCUCCAGUUGCAGGCAGCAGGCUACUCGGCCGCAGUUGGUCGCAGGCAGCAGGCUUCUCGGUCGCAGUUGGUCGCAGGCUUCGUCGGUCGCAGGCUUCGUCGGUCGCCGGUCCAAUGAAGCGUCCCAGUGGCAGUCAUAGGCCUCCAUCACAGCCUUCACAAAUGUUGAAAGGUUCCAAGGCUAAGAGCAAUUCUAAGUUAGGAAAAUCCCAUAAGAAGAAGCUGGAGAAGCUCAAGGAGGAAGAGAAAAAGGCUAUCCUUUUGUCGGAAAGCCUUGAGACCAUGGCGAAGUAUAAGAUUGGGGACACUGCUUAUUCACUUAUGUGGUCUUCGAGGAACUUGGGUCAGGCUGAAACUACCAGGGAGAAGAGGAGAAGAGAAGUGCAGUAUUCUAAAGCAGGAUUAGAAGUGCCAAGUGGUGAUCGACCCUCUAAGAAGACUACUGCUGAUAGCAUAUUGUGUGAUGAUGCGCAAGAAUCUGAUGGAAUGCAAUGUACUUUUGUUGUCAAUGACCGCCCAUUGCAGUCACCAGUAAUCAAAGAUGUGUCUGACACAUCUUUGUAUUUAGAAACUUCUCAUUUGCAGAAUAAACCUCACGCUUUAGAUGGAGAUUCUCUCACCCCAGUUAGGCAUGCAACAGAUGAAACUAAUGAGCCAUUAAUGCCUAAAUAUAUGCAAAAUCCACUUUCCACCUCAAGUUGUCAUGAUGAAGAAAGGACAGGAAUAAUGAUUGGACAGGUUGGAGUUGAUGAAAAUCAGAAAGCUAAACUGGCUGACUGUCCUCCACCAAGGUCUUUUAUUGCCCCGACUGUAGUGCAUGUUUCUAGACCAACAGAGGUUGAGAACAAAAGGAAGGAUCUUCCAAUAGUCAUGAUGGAGCAGGAGAUAAUGGAAGCCAUUAAUGAGAAUACUUGUGUAAUUAUAUGUGGUGAGACUGGUUGUGGCAAGACUACCCAAGUUCCCCAGUUUCUUUAUGAAGCUGGAUUUGGAUCCCAAAGUGAUGAUGGAAGAAGGGGCAUUAUUGGUGUUACCCAGCCCCGCCGUGUUGCUGUACUUGCAACUGCCAAACGAGUGGCAUUUGAGCUUGGAUUCCAUAUAGGAAAAGAGGUUGGCUUUCAAGUUCGGCAUGAUAGGAAGGUGGGGGAUAAUUGCUCAAUCAAGUUCAUGACAGAUGGAAUUUUGCUUCGAGAAGUGCAGAAUGAUUUUCUGUUAAGACGUUACUCAGUCAUAAUCUUGGAUGAAGCUCAUGAGAGGAGCUUGAACACAGAUAUUCUUGUUGGAAUGCUUUCUCGUGUAAUAAGAGAGCGCCAGAGGGAAUAUGCAGAGCAGCAUAAGAAAGUUAUGUCAGGAGAUAUAGUAAGCUGCAAAGAAAAGAUAUAUCCUCUGAAACUUGUGCUGAUGAGUGCUACAUUGCGGGUUGAGGACUUUGUGUCUGGGGGAAGAGUUUUUCAUGAUCCUCCACCUGUAAUAGAAGUCCCAACACGACAAUUCCCAGUUACUACACACUUCUCUAAGAGAACUGAGAUUGUAGAUUAUGUUGGUCAAGCUUAUAAAAAAGUAUUGUCUAUCCACAAAAGGUUGCCUGCUGGUGGCAUACUUGUUUUUGUAACUGGACAGAGGGAGAUUGAGUUCUUGUGCCGGAAGCUACGUAAAGCUUCUAAGGAAAUAGUUGAGAAAAAUUGUAAGGAAAAGAAUGAGGCACUUUCAAUGUCUGCAUUAAAACCCACCGAAGAAAAAGAUAUGCAGGAGAUAAAUGAGGCAUUUGAGGUAAAUGAGAACUCUAGUCAUGAAAUAACUGAUCGUUUUAAUUCCUAUGAUGAGGAGCAUGGGGAUACCUAUGAGGAUGAAUCAGAUAUGUCCUAUGAUUCGGAGGAUGAUAGUGAUCUGGAAGUCUGUUCUGAUGGGGAGGAUCUGUUAAAUCAGCAUUCCUCGGACUCUGAUGGUAAAUUUGCAGUUCCCUUGGGAGAAGAUGGAAACCUUGCUUCAUUGAAGGCUGCUUUUGAAGCUUUGUCUGGGAAAAAAGCCUCUGCAUCUGGGUCUACUGGAAGAGAAGUUGCUCCUGUCACUGCUGAGGGUGAAUCAAAUGCCUCUAGUUCCCAAUUGAGCAACAACAUGGUUGCUCCCAGUAUUCAUUGUGCUGGUCCUAUGUGUGUUCUACCCCUCUAUGCCAUGCUUCCUGCAUCUGCUCAGCUUCGUGUAUUUGAAGAAGUCAAGGAGGGAGAGCGCCUUAUUGUUAUUGCUACCAAUGUGGCUGAGACCUCUUUGACAAUUCCAGGUAUAAAAUAUGUGGUUGACACAGGUAGAGAAAAAGUAAAAAGGUACAACUCCUCCAAUGGGAUGGAAACGUAUGAAGUCCAAUGGAUAAGUAAGGCUUCAGCUGCCCAACGUGCAGGGAGAGCAGGAAGAACUGGACCUGGUCAUUGCUAUCGCCUUUAUUCAUCAGCAGUCUUUAAUGACAUAUUUGCUCCCUUCUCAGAUGCUGAAAUAUUGAAAGUACCUGUGGAUGGUGUUGUGCUCCUUAUGAAAUCCAUGCAUAUUGGCAAGGUUGCAAAUUUCCCUUUCCCAACUCCUCCUGAGCCGACUGCCUUAGUUGAAGCAGAGCGGUGCUUAAAAGUUCUUGAAGCACUUGAUGUCAAAGGAAGGUUGACGCCUCUUGGGAAGGUCAUGUCACAGUUCCCAAUGAGUCCUCGCCACUCCCGUAUGCUCCUUACAGUUAUUCAGAUGAUGCAGAAAGUUAAAGAUUAUAAACGGGCAAAUACAGUUUUGGCUUAUGCAGUUGCAGCAGCUGCAGCUUUGAGCUUGUCAAAUCCUUUUGUUAUGGAGUUCGAACAAACACAGUCUGAUCCAGAUGGCUUGAAGCAGGAAUGUGAGAGAAGUGAUGAGAAGGAAGAAAAAUUGAGGAAAAAGAAGUUGAAAGAAAUUGCUAGAGUCUCCCGAGCAAAAUUUUUAAACCCCACUAGUGAUGCUUUGACCAUAGCUUGUGCUUUGCAGUGUUUUGAACUGUCAGGGAAUCCAGCAGUAUUCUGCAUUGAGAAUGCAUUACACCUAAAGACCAUGGAAGAAAUGUCUAAACUGAGGAAGCAGCUUCUUCGUCUAGUGUUUAACACAAAAUGUGAACUACAUGAGGAUUUCUCAUGGAGUUAUGGGACCAUUGAGGAUGUAGAAGCUGCUUGGAGGGUUUGUUCGAACAAACAUUCUCUUCAAUCAAAUGAGGAGGAGAUCUUGGGACAAGCUAUCUAUGCUGGCUGGGCUGACAGGGUUGCUAAACGCACUAAGAGAGUUUCUGGUCCAUCUGAAAGAGAUAGAAAAGUGAAUGCGGUUUCUUACCAAGCUUGCAUGGUUAAUGAAACUGUAUUCCUCAAUCGCCGGUCAUCUGUUUCAAAGUCUGCACCCGAAUUUUUAGUGUACAGUGAACUGCUGCAUUCAAAAAGGCCAUAUAUUCAUGGAGCAACAAGUGUGAAAGCAAAUUGGCUUGUUAAAUAUGGUCAGUCUUUGUGCAGUUUUUCUGCCCCCCUCUCAGAUCCAAAACCAUACUAUUGCCCAUUGGCUGACCGUGUUUUUUGUUGGGUUGAUGCUACUUUUGGCCCUCACCUGUGGGAGCUCCCACGACAUUCUUUGCCCAUUGAAGAUAAUAUGAAAUGUGUAGUGGUGUUUGCCUAUGCAUUGCUCGAUGGUCAAGUCCUACCAUGCUUAAAAGCUGCAAGGAAAUUCAUGGCGGCCUCACCAGCUAGCAUUUUGAGACCCGAAGCAUUGGGGCAUAAGCGUGUUGGGAAUCUCUUAAAUAGACUGAAUAGUCGAGGGGGAACUAUUGACAGUUGUGUGAUGCUGAAGAAAUUGUGGGAGAUGAACCCCAGAGAACUUUUUCCAGAAAUAAUGGAUUGGUUUCAAGAAGGAUUCCAUGACCAGUUUGAAGCACUUUGGACAGAGAUGCUUUUUGAAAUUCAUUUAAACCCCAAGGAUCGUUUCUCCAAAAAAAUCAAGAGAGGCAGAAAAAAGGCAUAACCUUGUGGCAGCAGUUUUUGAUUGGAGUGGCUUGAGCAGUCCUGUGUCCAGUUGCUUAGAAGGAUGAAAACUAAGGUUGAACAAUGCAUGGGCUCAAGGUUUGUGUCCAUUUUCAGAAGCACACAUAAGGGUGAAUACGCAAGCCAAUUUGAAUGAAAACUAAUGGCCCUUAUUACACUAGGAAAUCACUCUAAAGCUACAUAUGGAUCAUGCUCUGCAUAUGCUUGUUUUUUAUCGAAGUGCCAUUUCCCCCCCAACAUGGCCUUGUUCUUGAAUGAAGAUGCACAUCUGAUCUGGAUGCAGAGCUUGAGGAGUCAAACCUUGGGGAAGUCAUACUCAGCUGAGUUUCUUUAUUCAAUACAUUUAUUAGUUUUCAUGGAAAUUCUUUAACUAAAAUUGGGAAAGUGGAAAUGUUUACCUAGGCUAUUGCUUAGUUUUGAAUUGGAUUAUGCCCUCAUUGAUGUUGUGCAAACAAUUGAAACUUGUCAACAGAUAGGGCUCAUUAUUUUUCCAGCAACUGUUAGACCUAAAUAGGCCUUUGUUCAGCCAUUAACUUUAAUUAUCUCAAUAGGUUUCUGUUUGGUAAAAUAGUUAGCAAUAUAGCAUAUUAGCCAAUUUUGACUUAGUUGACCACUAUUAGCUUGAUGAGGUUCCAAAUGUAAGUCUCUAAAUACACACUGCUUUAAUUUAUUUGUCUGUUUGAAGGAAA